AACUUUCCUCAGGACAGAAAUUGGAGCGCGCGGCGCAGAAUCCGCCCCCUUUCCCCGAGCGCGUCCAAUAGCGUCUCCAGACAGUCUUCAGCUUUAUUUUAAUAACCUUCGCCUGACUUUUCCACCAAUUUACAGGUGUGCCAUCUCAGGUGCGCAGCGACAUGGAGGGACAGCAGCUACAGCAGGUUUUGAACCCGCAGAGACUGAAGUCACUGCAGGAGUGGAUGCAGAAGAGUUCGACCACUUUAACGCAGGUCAACGGCCAGAGGAAAUACGGUGGUCCUCCUCCGGACUGGCAAGGUCCUGUUCCCGGGCCGGGCUGUGAGGUUUUCAUCAGUCAGAUCCCACGCGACAUCUACGAGGACCGCCUGAUCCCUCUUUUCCAGAGCGUUGGCGCAAUUUACGAGUUUCGUCUCAUGAUGAACUUCAGCGGGCAAAACCGAGGCUUCGCCUACGCAAAGUACGGCAACCCCGCCACGGCCUCCACCGCCAUCAUCACCCUGCAUCAGUACCGUCUGCCGGAGGGGGGCUGCCUGGCGGUGCACAAGAGCACGGAGAAGCGGCAGCUGCGUCUGGGGGAUCUUCCCACUAGCAUGAAUCAGAUGGAGCUGCUUACGGUGCUGCGACUGCUGUCUGACGGCGUGGAGGAUGUCAUGCUCAAGAGGGCCGGAUCCAAAGGGAGAGAGGUCAUGGCUCUAGUGAACUACUCCUCCCAUCACACCGCAUCCAUGGCCAAGAAAGUGCUUGUGCAAGCUUUUAAGAAGCAGUACGGUAUUUCCAUUACUGUGAAAUGGACAUCCUUCUUCAAGUCGAAGCAUGCGUCUGAGAACGAACAAGAAGAUGGCACCUUUACCUCCCCAGGUCUGAAUCCCUUCUCCAAACCCUCCAUCAGCCGCCCCCACCUGCCCCCUCAGCCCUUCUUUAGUGAUGUCCCGGCCCAGUCCUUCUUCCCGGCCGCGGGGGCCCCGGCUGUCCCUCUGAGAGAUGAGAUGAAGCCUCAAGGCCCCAUGAAGUGCGACACCGUGUCUCUGCUGCAGUGGAUGUGCGAGGCGUACAGACUCGGCACUCCACAGUAUGAUGUCCAGUACCAUCACACCAGCUCCGAAGGCUUCCUCUGCUUCAGCUACAAAGUCCUGAUCCCAUGCUUUUUGAUUCCCCUGCACGGGGUUAUUCAGAUCCUUCCGGGUACCAGCGCUCAGGCCACAGAAGAGGAGGUUUACCGAACCGUCGCCAAGAUGGUAAUCCAAACCAUCUGUAAGGUCUCAAGCUUGCGACCUUUCUAAUUUUGAGCUGUUAAUGUAAUGUAACGUUAUCAGUUUGACGUUCAGUAUUACGGUUUGAAGGUAUGUACUGUUCCUGUUUAAAAAAUGAGUGGAAAUUAACCAUUAAACAAGUUUUGUUUACUGUUAAAGGGAGGGGGGAAGCCGAUAAGGGCAGUGGAUUUAUUUUAAUUUUGCAAGCCCUUGAAUUCAGCAAGAUGAAAGAGGUUUGAAGUAUUAUGUUGGUUGAAUGUUUUAUUGUAUUUUAAUAAUGUAAUAUUAAUAAUUUGUUAUUUCAGUCAGCCUCAUCACAUUUGGAUGAUUGCAUGUUUUCACAACAUCUUAUUUUGAGUGCUUUUCACUGUAUUCGAUUUUUCACGUUUGUUUGGCGUUUGUCACGUUUGACUUUGCAUGGUGUGCUUGUUUCCUCGUUUGGUGGGCUGUACUGACUAUAAAUGACUUUUGUACAGUAAAUAAGUUGUU